GGCACGGUAGAGGAGCCGGUUCCUGCACCACCGGUGUGUCGUCUGGUUCAACGCAAAGCCGCACCGCACCACACCCCGCGCCGCGGACGCACAGGAAAAAGGCAGCUCCCUUCCGCCGCUGGCACGCGCCCCAACCUCCACCCAGCCGCCCCUUCCCCGCCUGGCCGCCUACUGCGCAUGUCGCCCGCGACUCCCACCGCCGCCGCGCCCAUCCGCCAGCACCUCCCCUCCUCCUCCUCCUCGUCCGGCAACCCGCGCCCCAGCGCCUGCCUGCGCCUGCCCGCUCGCCCCCGCGCCGCCCCCUCGGCCUCCAUGUCCGCCGAGGCGCGCCCGGCGCCGUCGCCCGUGCCCCCGCCGGCGCACCCCACCUACGACCUCAGCGCCGUCAUCGCCCUCGCCCUCUCCGAGGACGCCGGCGACCGAGGGGAUGUGUCAUGUUUGGCUACGAUACCAACCGAUGUGAAAGCUGAAGCCACUUUUAUUGGUAAGGAGGAUGGUGUCAUUGCAGGCAUAAGCCUGGCUGAGAUGAUUUUUAACCAAGUUGAUCCGUCGUUGAAGGUUGAAUGGUUUGAGGCUGAUGGAAAUUAUGUGCAUAAGGGAUUGCAGUUUGGCAAAGUAUAUGGGUGUGCUCAGAGUAUCAUUGUUGCUGAGAGGGUUGUGCUAAAUUUCAUGCAAAGAAUGAGUGGAAUCGCUACAAUGACGAAGGCCAUGGCUGAUGCUGCUCGUCCUGCAUGCAUAUUGGAAACAAGAAAAACUGCUCCAGGUUUACGCCUGGUUGACAAGUGGGCAGUACUAAUUGGUGGUGGGAAGAAUCACAGGCUUGGAUUAUUUGAUAUGGUUAUGAUAAAAGAUAAUCAUAUUUCUGUUGCCGGGGGCAUUACAAAUGCAAUGACAUCUGUUGAUCAGUUCUUGGAGAAGGAAAAUCUUGCAGUUCCUGUUGAGGUUGAGACAAGGACACUCGAGGAAGUUAGAGAUUUAUUGAAGUAUACUGAUGAGAACAAGACUUCAUUAACUCGUAUAAUGUUGGAUAAUAUGGUCGUCCCUCUUCCGAAUGGGGAUCUAGAUGUAUCAAUGCUCAAAGAUGCAGUUCAGUUGAUAAAUGGAAGAUUUGAGACCGAGGCAUCUGGAAAUGUGACGAUGGAUACGGUGAAGAAAAUCGGAGAAACUGGAGUUACAUACAUUUCAAGUGGAGCGUUGACGCAUUCCGUGAAGGCGCUCGACAUAUCUCUCAAGAUAGACACCGAGCUGGCUCUUCAAGUUGGAAGGCGCACAAAUCGUGCCUGACAACGCAAGCAGAGUCCCACCUGUGUAAUAACUUGACCUCCCGUUCUCCUGUACUUGUACAACGCAGCUCUUUGCAGCGGACAAGAUGUUCCUCUGCCUGGCGUGGCUGGCUUGUCGGUUCACAUUCGACAGCAGGCUCGUCACCGCGCUGUGAUUUUUCUAACUAAUAUAGCAAAGGAUGUUCGGACCAACAUCACAGUUACUACAGUGUACAAUGCAACAACAAUAAUAAUAAGCCUGAAUGCCCAGCUUGGAAGCUGAUACAACAAAAGGAGCUCUCAGUCGUUGCCAGACAUUUAAACCGUUGACUAGGCAGGUGGAAAUUGUUGCUAAAUGGCGUUGAAGAAGUUGUAUGUGACACUACAAAACACUUGUUUAUCAGGAAUGGGGAACAGAGCAAAAAUGUCUCCCUGUUACCUUUACUAAACCACCCUCUGGGUAGCGAAAUAACACCAGGGUCAAGUUUGUACU